AUGGCAUCGGUUGAUGAUUAUGAAAGUCUUCCAGAAUCUAUGCAUCCAGCUAUACAUAUGGCUGCUGGAGCACUAGCCGGUGUUGGUGAACAUUGUGUUAUGUAUCCAGUCGAUGUUGUUAAAACUCGAAUGCAAUGUAUUAAUCCUGAUCCCCAUGCAAAAUAUCGAGGAAUCGUCGAUGCUAUUAGAACAAUGAUGGCUAAUGAAGGCGUUUUUAGACCUGUACGUGGUAUGCAUGUUGUAGCUUUAGCAGCUGGACCUGCCCACGCACUUUAUUUUUCUUGUUAUGAAAAAAUGAAAGUAUUAUUUAGUGGAACUUCACAAGCUGGUCAUAGUCCAAUUGCUAAUGGAUUAGCUGGUUGUUUUGCAACUUUAUUUCAUGAUGCUUUGAUGGUACCUGCAGAUGCUAUUAAACAACGUUUACAAAUAUAUGCAUCUCCCUAUUCCGGUGCAGUUGAUUGUUUACGUAAAAUUCGUCAACGUGAAGGUCUAUCUGUACUCUACCGAAGUUAUACAACUCAAUUAACUAUGAAUAUUCCAUUUCAUUCAAUACAUCUUGUUACUUAUGAAUUAUUUCAAGAUUAUUUAAAUUAUACAAGACAGUAUGAUCCAUUAUCACAUGUUAUAUCAGGUGCUGGAGCUGGUGCCAUAGCAUCGGCAGUAACAACACCAUUAGAUGUUUGUAAAACAUUAUUAAAUACUCAAGAAUGUUGUUUAGUAUCAACGGGUGAACCAACAUGUGCUGUACCAAGAAUUUCAACAGGAAAUGGAAAAAAUGUAUUAGCUACUGAAAAAGCAAGAGGACUUGUAACCGCUGUUCGAGUCAUAUAUACUCAAGGAGGAUUAGCCGCAUUUUUUAAAGGUUUAACACCACGUGUUCUUUAUCAAAUGCCAAGUACAGCUGUUGCUUGGUCUUGUUAUGAAUUUUUUAAGCAUUCUUUUGCCGGAAAACCAACGAUAUUAUGA